GGGCACGAGGAGAGAGGAGAGAAAGAGGUGGAGGCGCUUGAAGAAUCGCUGCUCGAAGAGGCUGCUCUCUGACUCUGACUCCGAGAGUGCCGAUCCUUUCGGCGGAGGAAUUCUAGCUGGCGUGGCUCAGACUGCCGCCUCCACCUUCCCUCCGAGUUCAUUCAGAGCCCUCCCUGGAUGGGACGGUCCACACGUCUCUCGGUACCCGGUCGCGCGAUAUUUUCUGUCUGUCUGGCUGCACGGAGUUGAAGCACUGUGUUCAGGAGGGUUCCCGGCUCCCUAAUAACGCUGGUACAGGGAGCUCGACAUGACCUGGUUGCGAUUGAGAUUGAUCGCAUCCGUGGUCUGCCUGGUCCUCGUGGUAGUAAAAGGGGAAUACAAUUACUCGAGGUAUAGAGGCAGACCAAAGCCGGUCGUACCAGUCCACGUAGGUCGUGGAGAUAUCGCGAAACCUGAAGGAUACGACGAAGAUGCUGCGUUGGAUGAAAACUAUUCGGCAGACCAUACCGACGAAUCGUAUAGAUGGGAUUUAAAUUCGAAGUCGUAUGGGAAUCGCGGUGGUGUUAUAAACGAGAAUGCAGAGUCAGGGGAUGGUGACUGGAACCGUUCCGCAAAUCCUUAUGGUGGUCGAGGCUCACAAGGAUACGAUGGUGGUUAUGGUUCAGAAGGAUCCACAGGAGGUCGUGGAGCUCAAGGACCAGCUGGUGGCUAUGGGUCUGAAGCAUCGAACAAUUAUUAUGGAGGUGAAGAAAGUUCAGGUGCAGGAUAUGGAUAUGUUCCGGAAUCGGCGAAUUCUUAUGGAAGUCGCCAAGAUCCUUCUGGCGGUUAUGGUGGUCGUCAGGAUGCUUCUGGGGGCUAUGGUGGAUAUAGAGAAAAUCAGAGAGGAUAUGAUAGUGGUUCAGAAAAUUAUCCCAGCAGUUAUACGGCCUUUCCUAUUCCUGGCGCAACACCACCUAGAAAUUGCACGGGAUCAGCAUGUUGCGUUCCUAAGUGUUUUGCUGAAAAAGGAUCACGAGGAACACCAGGAACAUUUGGCCCCGAAGGACCUAAAGGACAGAGAGGUUUCCCAGGUGGUGAAGGUCUUCCAGGGCCAGAUGGGCAAAAGGGUGAUCCUGGUCUGCAAGGACCUCGAGGACCAAGGGGAGAGCGCGGUAGCAUCGGUGUGCCAGGAUUUCCUGGUAUCGAUGGGAUUCCGGGAGUUCAAGGAGCCCCUGGUAAUGCUGGGCGUCCUGGACGGGACGGUUGUAACGGAACGGAUGGUCAAAGAGGAAUUGAUGGACGUCCUGGAGAACCAGGUCCUCGAGGCUUACCAGGUGUUCCUGGUCUAAAAGGUAAUAAGGGUCAACCUGCUUUCGCCGGAAAUUUCCCACAUGGUCAAAAAGGAGAACCAGGUAUCGAUGGAGUGAGAGGUCCACCAGGACCUGCGGGACCACAAGGGGAAUCUGGUUUCCCUGGACCGAAAGGAGAACGGGGAUCAUACGGACCACCGGGUGCUCCGGGACCUAAAGGUGAAAAAGGUAAUAUGGGUCUCGGAUUUGAAGGAGUGAAAGGUGACAAAGGGCAGAAGGGAGAACAGGGUCCGCCUGGUUCCCCGGUACCACUGUACCCAUUGAGUGGGUCUACUCCAGGGAUGGUAUGUCCUAGUGGUGAGAGAGGCCUGAAGGGAGACAAGGGAGAUACUGGUCCAUAUGGAGAAAAGGGUGAACCUGGUCCAAUGGGAGAUUACGGUAUUCCUGGAGAAGCUGGAGUGAAAGGAGAAAAGGGUUUACCAGGUGUUCCUGGUAUUCGAGGUAGAGACGGCUUCUCCGGGCCCCCAGGGCCUCCUGGGCAAAAAGGUGAUCAAGGUUACGAUGGAGUGGAUGGUUUACCUGGACGUCCUGGAAAGAAGGGAGAACCAGGACGCGAUGGGCCUAUGGGACGUUCAGGAUUACGUGGUCCCCCAGGACCACCUGGUGGUGGUAAAGGACGGGCUGGGCCUCCAGGACCUCCGGGACCGCGAGGAUAUCCAGGUGCAGUUGGUCCAAAAGGAUUGGAUGGUUAUCCAGGAACUCCUGGUGCAAGAGGACCAAUCGGUAUCCAGGGCGGGCCAGGUCUGCCUGGUACCUCUGGACCGGAAGGAUUACCAGGUGAAAAAGGAGAUAAGGGAGACUCUGGAUUCCCAGGAUUCCCAGGAUUGACUGGACCACGAGGUUUUGAUGGGCCUCCAGGACCUGCUGGACCUCGAGGUCCUACGGGAGAGAAAGGACAUUCGAUAAUGGGUCUCAAAGGAAUGGAUGGUAUACCAGGAUUGGAUGGUGAUAAAGGUCAAAAAGGAGAACGAGGUUACGCAGGGCCUCGAGGAUAUCCUGGCGAUUCUUUGGAAGGAAUACCAGGAGCUCCUGGAGUUGCAGGAGCUCAAGGUGAACCUGGUGUACCAGGACGCGAUGGAAUCCCAGGAAGCCCGGGAAGUCCAGGGGAAAAAGGCGAUAUCGGUGGCCGUUGCCAGGAUUGCUCACCUGGUUAUCCAGGAUCUAAAGGAGAUCGAGGGCUCGACGGUAUUCCUGGUCUAACAGGUGCUCGAGGACCACCUGGAGAACGCGGAUUCCCUGGUGAACCUGGUGCAGAUGGACUUCCAGGAGCAAUUGGACCACCAGGAGCACCGGGUAGAGAUGGUAUUCCUGGAAGUCCUGGACCUCAAGGAGAACCAGGUAAACCAGCAGAAGUGUCUCGGGAUAGUUUGAAACUCGAAAAGGGUGAUAAGGGCGUGCGGGGAGAACCGGGAAGGCAAGGACCUCCGGGACCACGAGGUCCCAUUGGAGAAAAGGGCCGCAUCGGAAUGGAAGGAUUCCCUGGAGUGAAGGGAAUGGCGGGUGAACGAGGAUACCCAGGACAAGACGGUAUUCCUGGCAGACCGGGAACUCCAGGAUAUAAAGGUGAAAAGGGUACUAGCGUGAAAGGAGAAGCUGGUGAACCAGGACUUAAGGGUUCGAUUGGUGCAAAGGGUGAGCCUGGGUCAUAUGGACACAAGGGUGAACCAGGUCUUUGCCCGCCAUUGAACUUGACUCUUAAUUUAACGGGCGACAGAGGAUCUCCUGGUGAAAAGGGAGAACCAGGACCUCCUGGUCGUGAUGGAUUCCAAGGUGAUAAGGGAGAUCAAGGAUUCCCGGGUCCUCCAGGACCAGCUGGACCAAUAGGACCUCCGGGACCAGUUGGACCCCGAGGGCUUCCAGGACAACGUGGAGAGAAGGGUGACAUUGGUGUCAUGGGCUUCCAAGGCGAUCCAGGACGCGAUGGACCACGAGGUCUUCCUGGUGCUGCGGCUCCUAAGGGAGUUAAAGGAGAACCUGGAAUUUCGGUAAAGGGAAGUCUAGGUCUAACUGGACCACCGGGCGAGAAAGGAGAGCGUGGUCUUCCAGGACCACCAGGAAAGGACGGUCCACGUGGUUAUGCUGGAUUAGCAGGCUUGAACGGUGAAAAGGGUGACACCGGGACUCCAGGACUUAAUGGUCUCCCGGGAACACCUGGAGAAAAGGGUGAUACUGGCCCGAUUGGUCCAAUGGGACCUCCAGGAAUUGCAGGAAUCCCAGGAAUGAAUGGAAGAAAGGGAGAACCUGGUUUAUCCGGGGAACCUGGCAGAGCUGGCCUCCCUGGAUUCCCAGGCACGAAAGGGGAGCCCGGUGAACCUGGAAAGGAUGGGCAGAAGGGUUACUUUGGACCACGUGGUGCCCCUGGUGUUCCUGGUGAACCGGGACGCGAAGGUCCACCUGGACUAAAAGGAGAUCGCGGUGAGAAAGGUUUUCCAGGUUUCCCUGGACUUCCUGGUAUGGAAGGAAAGCCUGGAAUGCCUGGUCCACAAGGUCUUAAAGGUGACCGCGGAUUCGACGGAUUACCUGGUGUACCAGGACCUAUUGGUUUCUCGGGAGAGAAAGGAGAUAUGGGUUACCCCGGAGCCAUGGGCAAAAAGGGUGAACCCGGUCUAGUGUCUGAAAAGGGUCAGAAGGGUGAGACUGGUACCCCUGGACUUCGUGGACCCCCAGGAGUGCCCGGACGAGAUGGAAUCGAUGGCGCAAAAGGUGAACCAGGAAUACCAGGAAUAGGUAAAGACGGAAUUCCAGGACUUAAAGGAGAACGAGGAGUUCCUGGACGCGAUGGACUUCCUGGAUUGCAAGGACCAAAGGGGGAUGAAGGUGUUCCGGGAUUACCUGGAGUCAAAGGAAAUUCGGGUCCUCCUGGUGCUUUCGGCGAACCUGGGCCUCCUGGACUUGACGGACUUGCGGGAGAAAUUGGUGAUAUUGGUCUCGAAGGACCUCCUGGAUACCCUGGAGUCCAAGGUGAUAUGGGACCACCUGGACGAGAUGGUCUAGAUGGUGCUAAAGGAGAUCGUGGUCCAAUAGGAGCUAUUGGAUUUCCUGGUGCGAUGGGAUCAGCCGGAGAGAAAGGAGACCGUGGUCCCCCUGGAUUGACUGUAGAUAUCAAGGGUCAAAAGGGUGAACCAGGUGUUCCUGGUCGUCAUGGAUUGACUGGAUAUAAGGGAGAACGAGGUUUCAACGGUCCUCCCGGAUAUGAUGGUCAAAAGGGUGACAGAGGACUACCAGGACCUGUUGGACUUCCGGGUGCCAUGGGUCCCCCGGGCGAGAAGGGCGAUAUGGGACCACCUGGUCCUAGUGGACUUCCGGGCUUAACGAUAAAGGGAGAGAAAGGAUUACCAGGCCUACUAGGGAAGCAUGGUCGCGACGGAGCGCCUGGAUUCCCAGGAGAAAAGGGUGAGCCCGGAUUAGAAGGACUUUCUGGGGAAAAAGGCGAACCAGGACCGUACGGACCAAUUGGACUUCAAGGCGAGAAGGGUGACGCAGGUUAUCCUGGACCGCCAGGAUUGCCUGGAGCUGAUGGUCCGCCAGGACCACAAGGACUUCAAGGUGCAGAUGGAGAACGUGGUCCCAAAGGAGACCAAGGUAUACCAGGACUUUUUGGAGCUCCUGGAGAGAAGGGAGAUCGUGGCUUGCCUGGGCUACGAGGAAUAGACGGAAUUCCCGGUGAAAAAGGAGAUCGUGGUAUCGAUGGACAACCUGGAUAUCCUGGUGCUCAAGGAGAAAAGGGAGACCGAGGUUAUCCCGGUGAUAUAGGUCUGGCCGGAGCUCCUGGAUACGUUGGCGAAAAAGGAGACAAGGGUGAAGAUUGCCUGCAACCACCGGCAGGUCCGAAAGGAGAACGCGGUUAUCCUGGUCCUGCAGGACCACCAGGUCUCCCUGGCGAGAGAGGACCUCAGGGACCCGAAGGCUUCUCUGGUCUAAAUGGAAUUAAGGGCGAGCAAGGCCCAAUUGGUGUACCGGGACCUACAGGAUUUAGAGGUCCGCCUGGUCCCGUCGGACCAGAAGGUCACAUAGGUAUUCAAGGACCAGUCGGAAGCCCAGGUCCUAAAGGAGAACAAGGACCUCCUUGUGAGACCAUUCCCGAUUAUCUAACUGGAAUUCUCCUGGUUAAACACAGUCAGAGUCAAAAUGUUCCCGAUUGCGAACCAGGACACAUUAAACUCUGGGAAGGCUACAGUCUUCUUCACACGGAUGGCGAUGAAAGAGCGCAUUCCCAAGAUCUGGGUUAUGCCGGCUCCUGCGUAAGAAAGUUCUCGACGAUGCCCUUCCUGUUUUGCGACGUCAACAACGUGUGCCAUUAUGCGAGUCGCAACGACCGUUCCUAUUGGCUCUCUACCAACAGUCCUAUUCCGAUGAUGCCUGUUGAAGAAACCGCCAUCGAGGAAUACAUAUCCAGGUGCGUCGUUUGCGAGGUACCAGCUAACGUUUUGGCAGUGCACAGUCAGUCGUUGAAUAUUCCGGAAUGUCCAAAUGGAUGGACGGGUCUGUGGAUCGGAUACAGUUUUGUCAUGCACACGGGUGCCGGCGCUCAGGGCGGUGGUCAAUCACUAUCUAGUCCUGGAUCCUGUCUCGAGGACUUCCGGGCAACGCCAUUCAUCGAGUGCAACGGUGCCAAAGGUCACUGUCAUUACUACACGAACGAGUAUAGUUUCUGGAUGGCCAGCAUAGACGACAACCAGCAAUUCAGAAGACCUGAAAAGCAAACUCUCAAAGCUGGCAAUUUAAGGUCCCGAAUAAGUCGUUGCCAAGUCUGUAUAAAGCACACAUAAAAGAAAUUCAUAAUCAAUUUCAUACGAAAUUGGUAAUAAUCUAUUGAAAAUUAAAGUCUACGAAGGGCAAAAAACAAAUGAAAAGAUAUUGCGUAAGCCUCUGCAAAACGAGUGUAUAACGAUUGCCAUUUUGUUUUU